CAAGACAUGGAUGAUGACUACAAUGUACUGCAUUCUGGGUUUGCCGACGAUGAUGGGCAACUUGAAUAUCCAGAUGAUGAGGAUCAGCUAGCUGUAGUUCCGAAUGGAGACUCUGAAAAUCAAAGAAUCAAUGAAGUUAGGAAUGCUCUCGAAGAAGUUGGAUAUGGUAAAAGAAAAAGACGCUUGAAUGAAGUAGAAGACGUAUUUGAUCAAUAUGGAAGACGUUCACAUCCAAUGGAUUGGCAUAUGAGAAUGGAAACAGUUUCCAGUGAAGUAUUACAAAAGUCACAAGUAAAUGCUGUUAAGAGAAGAGCCCUCGAAAGCUUGGAACAGAAAAUCAACGAAGCAGCUGCUCAAGCUGAAAGAAAAAUGAAUGAAAAUCAUCAUUCUAAUGCUUUUGACGAUUUUCAAAGCGGAGAGCAGACAAUUUCUUCACUUUGUGAGCUAGAAAUGGAACGGAGAUAUAGAAGACGACAGGAAAUCAUGCGAAAUCCGGUAACUGAUGGUUCACCUUGGAUUGGUAUCAGUGAUGUCGUCAACGGGCAACGAUUUUAUAUUCGAACUUUCCGUGAUGAUCGUCUUUCUGUUCCGUUAGUAGAAUCGAUUACCCAACAAGCAACCCGUUCGAGGGUCGGUUUUCGAGCUUUUCAGUCGAUUUGUCAGGAAUCCGAACGUCUUAGCAAGUUGAAAGAAGAAUCUCGCGUUAAAGAACAGGAAGCCGAGUUUUCACGCAUGCUUAAAGAAACUGAAACACCGUCUGAAUAUGAAAAUAAUAAAUCUCAUCCAGAAUCAUCAUUAUGGGUGAACAAGUACGAAGCCAAAAAUUUCUCAGAUUUGCUCUCGGACAGUACUGUCAAUCGAAAUAUUCUUACAUGGCUGAAAAUGUGGGACGAGUGUGUGUUCCAUCAAAAAGUCGACGAUUUACUAGCAAGCCUCGGUGAAAAAGAACGAGAAGUACUACACAUGGAUAAUGGCAAAAUUCGGCGUCCAUCAUCGAAAAUGUUGCUUCUUUCUGGCCCGGCUGGUCUCGGUAAAAGUACACUAGCACGAAUUGUCGCUCGUCAAGCAGGCUAUUCAACAAUUGAUGUAAAUGCAAGUGAUGCUCGAACAGUCGCAGAUUUAAAUAAAGUACUAGAAGGAGCUGUAAAAACAUCUCGAACACUUGAUGCAGAUCAACGGCCAGCAUGCCUGAUUCUUGAUGAAAUUGAUGGAACACCAAUUGAUACUAUUCGUCAUUUGGUUCGGUGUAUUCAAGCAACAGGCAAAAAAGCCAUUCGGCGACCCAUUAUUGGAAUUUGCAAUAAUUUGUAUACGCCAGCAUUGCGUGAUUUACGAGGAGUCGCCUGGUGUGUGCAACUAGUCGCAACAAAACAAGAUGUUUUAGCAAAACGACUGGAAGAAAUUUGUGACCGAGAACGUCUUCGAUGUGAUUUGAGUACUUUGAGAAAGUUAUGCGAAUUGUGUGCAAAUGAUAUGAGACAUUCAAUUAAUACUCUUCAAUGGGUAGCGGUGGCAGCACGAAAAUCGAAUCGAGCAAUUGGAAUGAAGUUGAUCCAUGAGGUUAUUGAGAAAGAGAAAGGCGGAUCUGCUUCUAUUUUCGAACAUUGGUCGUCAAUUCUUGAGUUAUCUAAACAUACAGACGCAAAGGGAGGAAUCAAAUCUGUACGAGAAAGAAUAUUUGAUAUCGAACGAAUAUCGGCAGACCAUGGAGGAGAAGAACGAUUUGUGUCUGGUUUACAUGCAAAUUAUCUUGUAACUCUUCCAAUUGGAGUAAUACGCAAAGCGUCUACAUGGUUUUUGUUCUAUGAUGAUAUUCAGAAAAUCGUACACAGUCUUCAAAACUGGUCGGUUCUAAAGUAUGUUUUUUCAUUCUUCGUUUCCCUCCAUCUCAACAUUGCGACUCAUGCUCGUGUUCCGAUCGCCUAUCCACAGUUGGAACAAAAUAUUUUCCAAAAAACGAAGGAAUCGGAAGAAACAAUCAGCGCAGUUCGAUCAUGUGGACAAUCGACUAGAGGUGCACCAAAAAAAGAGCUUUUGCUGGAUAUUUUGCCAUUCAUUGUCAAUAUUGUUCAGCCACCUAUCAAACCGAUGAAUGAGUCAUUGUAUAAUCAACGGGAACUUGCGACUUUCAAUCAAACUGUCUCGAUUAUGUGUGAUUAUGGUUUGACAUACACUGCCACAAUGGUAAAAGAUCAAGUUAAUUGGUUAUUUACUCCUUCAAUUGAUAUUUUGACAAUGUUUCCACUGGAUGGACCAAAGCGGCCGUAUCUUGCCAAUGCGACAAGACAAAUGAUUGCUCAUAAGAUCACUCUUAUGCGUGUUCGUCUGACAGAGAGUACCUCGAAUACUGAACGAAUUUCUACGAAUGCCGAUAAAAUCAAAGCAAUCGUUGAAUCAGAAAGCAAAAAGAAGAAGAGACUAUCUGCCGGAGCAAUGAAAAGAUUACACAAUGGAAGACUAACAGAUAUAGUAUUUAAUCAUCAGGAUGGAGACAGUAGUGCUGUCAAAAAGAAAGUCACCAUGCAACAACUCAACUCUAUACUUUUUGGUGAUUCUUAACCUUAAUUUCAAAGUAUUUGUUUGUAAAAUGACACUAUUUUUGCUGUAUACUACUUUUUUCAGUUGUUUCAGCGCUGUAUACACGUUCCUAUGAUCUUUUGCUCAUUUUCCGAUUUUAUCACCCCAAUGAACAAUACAUUCCUUUU